UCUACAACAACAUUCGUUCCUGUCGCGGGCGACCCUCAGAACGAAAUUCCCCCGCUGGUGCUUGUGACCUCCAGUGUUCUCUCUUUUUUUCAGGUGGUACGUUCCAUAGCGGUAGAAGAGAGAGAGUACUGCUGCUGGUGGCAUUGAGUCAACUCUGUUGCAUCAAAUCGGUACCUGCUUGUCCCUUGGAUCAUACACAAUGACAUUUGUCGUGAACACGAAACAGCUGGCCUUUUUGGCCUACAUCAUUCAAAUCUAUUCAAAUCAGAAAAAACUCGCAGAUAAUCAUCUUGAACACUUGUUACAACUAAGACGUAACAAAGUCAAAGACAGAGCCAUGUUGUCCCGAGCCCGUGUUGCAUUGGGAAGGAACAGCAUGGCCGGCAGUGGCUGGACACAGAUUUUGUGCCGGGGGAGCACCAGUGCGACUACGUCGGGCACUACGAAUAUGUUGAGCAGCAGUAGUUUCUUCUCCACCGCGUGUCGGAAAAACGUUUCCCGCAAGAAUAACUUUCUGACCUCUCCGAAGAGGUUCUUCUCCGCCGCGGCCUCGCCGCUUUCGGAGCAGGUGUUUUGGAGCAGCCCGCACUUGAUCGGGCCGGUGUUUCUGUUCCUGCUGUUCAGCUUCCCGUUGUACCGCGGGGUGAAGGAUUUGUAUUGGACGGCCACGAUGCGCCGGCUGAACCGCGCGGAGAUCGUGCAGGACCGGUUUGAGUGGCUGCAGGCCAGCAUGCUGCAAGACGAGGUCGCCGCCUGCGUCGCCGGACAAGCCGCCAAGUACGAGGAUUUGUAGUAGAAAGCUGUAGCUGAUGUGUACGGAGCGGGAGAAGCAACUCCUGUGAAAAAAGGAUGCAAAAAUGAUCCUAAUAAUGAUCAUGUUCGGGGAAGUGCGGCAAGGGCAACCGAACAAACUGUACUUGUCUUCGUCUGGUGCUUUGGUAGUUUAUUUUUGCGAGACGUCGACCAAUCGUCCUGUGAUAGUAGUACACGAUGAGGAAAAAGAACGAUUUGAUUUGUGGGAACGAACCAAAUUGAUGAAGUUGACUCCUGAUUUACCACCACAAGAAGCACAAGAUGGCGAUCUCACUGUCACAACAGGAUGCUCAUAGCAAAAAUAUUUGCACAACCACAAGAAAGUGAUGUGUGAUAUCGGGAGAAAUCUCAUGUUGCCAGGAGCGCCUGGCGUGCGCGUGGCCAUUUGUUGCUGCCGGUAUUUCAUCCCGACUCUUCUAACUUUAACUUUUUGCAAUUGCAAACCAACCUCUAUCCUUUCGUCGAGUGUUGACCGUCAAUGUCUGUCACCAGAGCGACGGC